AUGUCAUCGAACGUAAACCAGAGCCCGGCGGUGGUUGGCCAAUACUACCAGGUCGGCAAGAAGAUCGGCGAGGGCUCGUUUGGUGUCGUGUUUGAAGGUACCAACAUGCUCAACAACCAGACGUCGCCAUCAAAUUCGAGCCACGCAAGAGCGAUGCUCCCCAGCUCCGUGAUGAGUGGCGCUCCUACCCCUGAUAAUUUCCUCAUUGGUCUUCCCGGCACACGCACCGCCAACGUGAUUCAUAUGAUUGACUUUGGAAUGGCAAAGCUGUGGAGGGAUCCCAAGACCAAGCAACACAUUCCUUAUCGUGAGCGCAAGUCGCUGUCUGGAACCGCUCGGUACAUGAGUAUCAAUACCCAUCUCGGCCGAGAGCAAUCAAGGCGAGACGACCUCGAGGGUCUUGGACACGUGUUUAUGUAUUUCUUGCGUGGUGGGCUCCCAUGGCAAGGCCUCAAGGCUGCCACCAACAAGCAAAAGUAUGAGAAGAUUGGUGAGAAAAGCAAACAACAGCCGUUGCUGAGCUCUGCGCCGGCUUCCCCGAGAGACAGCGAUCUACAUGAACUAUCUCUUCACAAGAUGCUCAAGGACGCCGGCGAGGUCGAUGAUGGUGUCAUGGACUGGAUGUUGCUCAACGGUGGCAAAGGCUGGGAGGCAAGUGCCGGACACAAGCACUCCUCCUCUGCAACGCGUCAGAACGGCGGUGGACACCGUAAUCACCACCGUAGCCGCGCCCAGCCGGGAUCUCAACCUGCUACACCUUCUCAACCCCAAGCUGCACGGACCAACAACCGCUUGUCCCAGCUCCAACAACAGUCCUCCCAAACGCCCAUGGGUAGCAAUGUGGCCGUUGCUGGUGUCCCUGCGCCUGGCACCGCCACCCCUACGCGCCGAACCACAGGUGGCGUAAUGCAAGUCGUUGAGCGCGCUGGCUCUCCAGUAGUAAAUCACCCAUACGCGUCGGUUGAACGAACCUCGACUGCAAUGGACGGUACAGGUAGUGGUCGGACGCCCCGCCCGGCUCCUCCAGCGGAUGCAUUCCACCCACCAGGUGCAGGAGCCAACUAUGGCCGUACAUCUGUCGUCCAGGGUGGAGUAGGAAUGGGCGGAGUUGGCCCCGCAGCACCCGUCUCGCCCGUUCAAGGCUACUCGUCCUCUUCACACCCCUACGCCUCUCCUUACCCACAACAACAAUCCGGAACAGCGACCAACCUGGGGGGUCUGAUGGCCCCGGCCCCUGGCGCUCAGUCCCGUCCCGAAUCCAGCAUCCAGGUGCAAGGCCCAACGGUCGAGCAACAAGUCAUGCGCCAUCAACAGAUGAACGGCGAUCUUGAGCCUGAACGAAAAAAGGGCGGGUUCGCCAAGUUCUUGGACGUACUCUUGUGUCGUGCUGUUUAA